AUGUUAUCAAGUAAAGGGAAGGUCGGUCCAGGCCCAGAUUUGGAAGUGGAGCUGGGAGUGGGGCUCGAAGAUGUCCCAAACGCUUCAGAAGAAGAUGAUGAAUUGCCUGUACCAAAGGAAGUGGUAGAAGAUUUAGUGAGACGAUUUAGCCAUAAUGCUGCAGACCCUUUCGUUGAUGUUGAGGCGGAAUCGAAUGAUGAUGAUGGGGAAGCUGAAACGAGGAGGAUGAGCAUAAUAAUGGGGUUGUCUUCCCUGAAAGCGUACACCAGGGCCAAAAAAAAGAAGGCAGGUGAAACACCUUGUGAUGAGCAGUUGGCAAAAUGGUUCAGGGUCUCCCCUAACAAUCAGAUGACGCAGAAGGUCUUCCGCAGUGGGGCUGCAAUAACUUCAGAACGUACCAGGCAGUUGUCUGGCUGGAGCAAAUUCAUUAUUCAUCCAUUCAGUUCAUUCAGGUGGUACUGGGACAUGUUCAUGGUCGCAGUCCUGAUGACUGAUAUCAUCAUACUGCCCAUCAAUAUCUCCUUCUUCUCUGAAGUCCAAGCCGAAGGACUCGAAGCCGACUACAACCAUACUCUGAACAUCAUCAUGCUGGCUUUUGACUUUGUCUUUCUCAUUGACAUCAUCUUGAACUUUCGGACAGGGUAUCUGAAUGAGUGGACUGAGAAGGUGAUUUUAGACGGGACGGAAGUAGCGAGACACUACGCUAAAACAUGGUUUUCCCUUGACAUCCUGUCUUCAGUACCAUUUGAUCAGUUGUACAUGCUGUUCACAGGAGGGACAGGCCUGGAGAAUGAAGACACUAUUCUUGCCUUUAGAAUAUUGAAGCUGACAAAACUACUCUGUCUUCUUCGAGUUCUUCGCAUGCUGAGAUUGUUGAGAUACAUCAACAGACUGGAGGAGGUAAAUGUAGUGUAGUCAAUCAACUUAGAUGGAAGUGUCAUCCGAGUGUUCAACUUGAUUUUUCUUAUAAUGAUGGUGUCUCACUGGAAUGGAUGCAUUCAAUACCUAAGUGUAUUCAUCGCCGAAUUUCCUGAGAAAUCAUGGGUUAUGAUAGACGGUCUCAAGAAUGCAACUGCUGGAGAGAAAUACACCAGUUCAUUGUUCAGAGCCAUGUCUCAUAUGCUGAGCAUUGGGUAUGGCAGUAAACCGCCAUUUCACGUCGUGGAUCAAUGGACGGUUAUGCUGAGCAUGAUGGUGGGGGCAACGUUUUACGCUCUCUUCAUUGGUCACAUGUCAUCUCUUCUCGUCAAUAUGGACGCUGCUGGGAGAGUUUAUAAUGAAAAGGUGACGCAAGUUAAAGAAUACAUGAAGUAUCGGCGUCUCCCGAUGAGGCUUCAGCAGCGGGUUUUUGACUACUAUGAACACAAGUAUCAGAGGAAGUACUUCGACGAGGAGGACAUUCUCAACAUGAGCAUGUCACAUGUCCUGAAGAAGGAAAUCAUGUCGCACAACUGCCAGAAUUUGGUGAAGAAAGUCUCCUUUCUUUCAAAUGGUCCUCCAGAGUUCAUACUGGAUAUCAUAUCUCAUCUCAAAUUUGAGGUAUUCAUGCCUGGAGAUUACAUCAUUGAGGCAGGCAAGAGGGGAAGCUGUAUGUACUUUGUCGAGUAUGGGAAGGUGGAGGUGAUCCUUCCGAGUGGACAGGUGGUCAACCGUCUGGUGGAUGGUAGUCACUUUGGGGAAAUUGCCCUGCUGAUGGAUGAACGAAGGGUGGCCUCUGUUAAAGCAGUAGAGGUGUGCGACUGCUACCGUUUGACCAGAAACCACUUCAAUUCUGUGCUCCUAGAUUUCCCCUACAUGCGCAAACACAUGGAGAAAGUUGUUCGGGAUCGACUCAUGAGCAUCAAGAGGCACAGCCGUGAACCCUUGCCAUCAGAUGUGGAGAUAACUGACAGGCUAAAUAAAAUACAAAACAAGGGUGCCUCGGUGGGAGUUGUCGGGGAAGACCCAAGGCCCAAUAGCUUGAGCUUGUGUCGUAUCAGCGAGGACGAGAAUACUGAUCGAGCUGGGGAUGCAGAUUAUGGAGAGGCUUUAGGACCAACUACAGAUAGCGUCGAAAAUACGCUUUCGCGGGAGGAACGUCCACAAAAACUUGGCACAUGGAGCGUUCAAGACACAAGGAGGGAAGAUGACUAG